GGGCGGCUGCGUGCUGUGGGAAGUUCCUGAAAGUGCAGAGUGGCAGAGUCACUCACAGAGAAACACUUGUACAGAAAGAGGACUAGUGCUCUUUUACAGAAGGAUAUAAUACGCAGUCUCACACCUACCGCCUCAUUGCACGGGCGUGUUUGUCGUGGCAGCGCCUCAGGGAUUUGAAGGAGGCGGGCAACUGCGUCGUUGCUGGCAUGAUGGUGAUGUGGCUGCCUCAGGAGUGGGCCUGGCAGGCUGUUCUCCUGGUGACUGGACUGGCAUCGUUGAGCCGUGGAUCUGAUGCCAACAUGUUGGACACCAUGCUGCUGAAGAACGGAUGGAAGGGGGCAUCGGAGCGAAGGGCAGAGGAGAGCAGCAGCACAGCCACUGUUUCAGCUCAGAACAUGCUUUGGUGUCACUGCAACCAAUGCCCUGAACACUCUGUCAACAACACUUGCAUGACUGACGGUACCUGCUUCACUAUGGUGAAGGAGGAGGAGGAGGGUGUGGCUGUACGCACUGUAGGUUGUUUGGGACGGGAUGGUGCUGAAUUCCAAUGCAGGGACACGUGGAAUUCACGUGAGAGGAGAGCUCUCGAGUGUUGCACAGAUCACAACUACUGCAACAGAGACUUGCAUCCUACUCUUCCUCCACUCAGGACGUCUGAUUAUGUGGGCAGCAGUAUCCAGUACAUGGCUCUCUUAAUUUCAAUCACAGUCUGCAGUAUCUUCCUCGGUGUCAUCCUCGUCAUCUGCUGUCUCAGAUAUAAGCGGCAGGAGUCACGACCACGCUACAGCAUCAACUUGGAACAGGGGGAGACCUACAUCCCCCCUGGGGAGUCACUGAAGGACCUGAUAGAGCAUUCACGCAGUAUUGGGUCUGGCUCUGGGUCAGGACUCCCUCUACUGGUGCAGCGGACCAUCGCCAAGCAGAUUCAGAUGGUCAAACAGAUUGGGAAAGGGCGAUACGGAGAGGUCUGGAUGGGCAAAUGGAGAGGAGAGCGAGUGGCUGUCAAAGUCUUCUUCACCACAGAAGAAGAGAGCUGGUUCAGAGAGACUGAAAUCUAUCAGACGUUCCUGAUGAGACACGACAAUAUACUGGGAUUCAUAGCAGCUGACAUUAAAGGGACUGGCUCGUGGACUCAGCUCUACCUAAUCACAGACUACCAUGAGAACGGAUCUUUAUAUGACUACCUCAAGUCCAAUACCUUAGAUGUCAACGCUCUGCUGAAGCUGGCCUACUCGUCGAUAUCGGGCCUCUGUCACGUGCACACGGAGAUCUACGGCACACAGGGCAAACCAGCCAUUGCACACAGAGACCUGAAGAGUAAAAACAUUUUGGUUAAAAAAAAUGGGUCUUGUUGUAUAGCAGACCUCGGACUUGCUGUCAAGUUUAACAGUGACACCAAUGAAGUGGAUAUCCCUCCCAACCUGCGAGUUGGUACAAAGCGCUACAUGCCACCUGAAGUCUUGGAUGAGAGCCUAAACAGGAGCUACUUCCAGUCUUUCAUAAUGGCUGACAUGUAUAGUUUUGGCCUCAUCAUUUGGGAGAUGGCUCGACGUUGUAUCUCCGGAGGCAUCGUGGAGGAGUACCAGCUGCCCUACCAUGACCUCGUGCCCACUGAUCCUUCCUAUGAGGACAUGAGAGAGGUCGUCUGUAUUAAGAAACAAAGACCUUCAUUUGCUAACCGCUGGAGCAGUGAUGAGUGUCUACGACAGAUGGGAAAACUAAUGUCAGAGUGCUGGGCUCACAACCCCGCCUCUCGCCUCACAGCCCUGAGGGUGAAAAAGACCCUGGCGAAGAUGUUAGAGUCCCAAGACAUCAAACUGUGACAGAUAAUCAAGAGAGAUGCUGUCAUCACCCAGAGACUUGUCACUGGCACUGCGCCACUUACACUGGCCAAUACAAGAAAGGGAAUGUACGUGGAGGGGAUGAGAAAAGACUGUGAAUGAUAGGACAAAGGAAACUGACAGGGAAGAUGAGUGAUAAAGAUAUAAGUUGACUGGGAGCCAGAAAAAAUGAGAGGCAAAAAGAUUUAUUAUGUUGAGUCAGAUCUGCCUUCCCGUUGUCUGGGACUCGUCUGCUUCAGUCCAAGUGUUGAGACUGUGCUUUCUGUGGAAGCUGAGUCAUUGUGGGGUCCAGACCGUCCAGGGGGGCAGGCAGACAGGUAGGGACCUGUGCAGGAGAGGAAGACUGAAAUCCUGAAAUCCCUCUGAUUGGUUCUAGACAGAGGAAACUCCUGCUCGACCCGUCUAAAGCCAUAUAGCAGUAUUCUAUAUGCAGUCUUUUGUACUGUCACAGCUGUCAGUCAGUUGCUUCCUGCUGUGACAUCACAGCCCAGUUACCUUUGACCUUUGACUAUCAACUCCAUCCAAAGUGACUGUCAUCCAUCCAAAGAACUGUCUAAUACAUGUUCAGUGACCUCACUGUCAAAUACAUUAUUAUUAUUAUUAUUAUUAUUAUUAUUUUUAUUAUUAUUAUUAUUAUGGAACAAAACAAAACCCAAGUAAGACUAAAUUAUUGACAAAAAACAAAGAUAACAGAUUUUUCUAUAUAUGAUUACAAGUACAUUUUUUUUUAUAUUGAAGUAUGACCUCUGGGUAAAAAAAGUUUUGUCAUUGAUGGAUCUGUGUCCUUUAGGCUUUCAGGGCUGAGACUGUUCUCCACUCACUCUCACCUCUUCCCACUCACAAUUCAAUUGUACAUAAUUGAACUGAAAUGUAUUGAUUAUUACUGCCUUGCUGGAUGUUUUGUGUUUUUUGAUGAUGUAUCUGUACAGAAUACAUCCCAUCCACUCUACCACUAUGGCAUGUGCCUUACAUGUAUUUAAUCUGUACAUAUGUGAUUAUAAAAGUGUGUGAGUGGAUCUGGAUAACAUUCUCUAAUAAAACUAUGUGUCAUG